UUCUGAUAAUGUCCAUAAUUCCCACCCCAACCUUCUCAAGCACUUUUUUUUCUUUCUCAUUGGCUUAUCAAUUGGUCUCUUUUCUAUUUUAUGUUUCAAAACCUUCUCAUUUGCCUCAAACAAUUCUCUAAAUUUCUCUCUAUCUUCAAUCACACCAUCAAAUCUUGAACAUCCACAUCCAUUAUCCCCUCCUCCUCCUAGUAUGGAAAUAUCAAAAAAUUUAGACAUAAAUAACCUAGAGCCGCCAACGCAAGGGGAGUCUAUGAUAUUAAAUGAAAUAUCUAAUCAUACAUUAUUGAUGCACAAUAUGAGUGACGAAGAAUUAUUAUUAAGAGCAUCCAUGGUAGAGUUCUCAAACAAGAAUGUCCCAAAAAUAGCAUUCAUGUUCUUGACACCAGGGCCAUUGCCACUUGCACCUUUUUGGGACAUGUUCUUUAAUGGUUAUCAAGGGUUGUAUUCAAUAUACGUUCAUCCACAUCCUUCUUAUAAUGAUUCUCAUGUGCCUCAAACUUCAGUCUUCUAUGGGAGGACAAUACCCAGCCAGCCGGUAUACUGGGGCACUAUAUCCAUGAUAGAUGCAGAAAGAAGACUUCUAGCAAACGCUCUAUUUGACUCCUCUAAUCAAAGAUUUGUACUACUCUCAGAUUCAUGUAUCCCACUAUUCAAUUUCACCACCAUAUACAAUCACCUCCUCGGCUCAAACUUAAGCUUCUUAGCCUCGUACGACGAUCCUCGAAAACCAGGCCGAGGCCGAUACAACCGCCUAAUGUGGCCGAAUGUGACAAUCGAGCAGUGGCGAAAAGGGUCUCAGUGGUUCGAAAUUCACCGGGACCUCGCUGUGAAUAUUGCUUCGGAUCGCAAAUUUUACCCGAUUUUUCAAGAACAUUGUCAAGCUCCAUGUUACAAUGAUGAACAUUAUUUGCCAACUUUAGUGAACAUUUUAUAUCCUGAGAUAAAUUCCAACAGGACAAUCACUUGGGUUGAUUGGUCAAGGGGUGGUCCACAUCCUAGAAAAUUUGGAAGGCAUGAUAUUUCAAUUGAGUUUUUGAAUCAAAUUCGAUUUGGCACUGAGUGUAUGUAUAAUGGGAAUAUUAGUACAAAUAUUUGCUAUCUCUUUGGUAGGAAAUUUCUACCGGAUGCAUUGGGGCCCUUGUUGCAGGUUGCUCAUGAAGUGCUCGGGUUACAUAGUUAAAAUACAUUGAUAGUAUAAUAAUAUUGUCAUUGUAUAUAAGUCACAUACGGAAAGAAGAAAGGACAAUUGAUUCCCAACUGUAUCAUUUUCUUAUUCUACAUGUUGAAAGAUAUUUUUUGUUUCUCAUAUUUUAUGAUUUUUGUUUAUCCUCAUGAAACUCAAAUAUGUACAACUUUUUUAGUUUUCUUA